GGGCUGUUGUGACUCUACUGAGAUCUAUUACUUAACCCUUGUGCAGUACAAGUCUUUGUCUCUCGCCAGUCGACAGUCAACAAGGCAGCCUUCCAGAAUGACAGUGAACACAACACAACCCACCUCAACCUCGGGAUCCCCUCUCAGGCUCGAGCAUGCAACCCUCGAGGAUAUCCCAGAGUUAAUUGACGUCUGGUACGACGCAUUUAAUACCCCAGAGAUGCUAGCCAUUUGGCCGGACACCCCCGGUGUACGACAAUGGUGGGACCACGCCAACCGCUACGACAUGCUACACAAGCCUCUAGAGAAAUAUCUCAAGGUUGUCGAUACAAGGAACGGUCGGAUUGCAGCAUAUGCCAAGUGGUCACUACAGACGGCUGAAGAGCGUGGGCCUCGGUUUCCCGCAUGGCACCCGGAGAUGAACCAUGAGCGUAACGACGCAUUUGUCGGAAAUAUGGAGGCCGGUCGUGCCAGGUUGGUCGGGGGAAAGAAGAACUUUUGUAUGUUGGCUUUCUACGUGAAGUAACCCUCGCAGGAAUCACUGACAUCCAUACAAGAUCUCGAUAUGGUGUGUACGCAUACUGACUAUCAGAAAAUGGGCGCUGCUCGGAUGCUGAUUGGAUGGGGUUGUCAAAUGGCUGACCAAGAAGG